UUCGUGUCUUUAUUGUUGCUCGGACUUCUGUUAACAAGUAAUAAUCAUAUGCUCUUAUAGGGACCAUAGAACUCUUGGAAAUGUUUUAUAAUAGCUUUAAUUAAUUAGUCACUAGAAAGCAUUAUAAAAUGAAGUAAAAACAAGUUUUAUCGCCUGAAUUCUAUAAAAUGUAUAAAAGUUACAAUAAAUGAACCCAUGUUUUACUAUUAAUAGUGUGAUUUUUUUUUUUUUUUUGCAUCAUAUUGAAUAAAUGUCAUCGCCUAUGGUAGGCUACACCCACUUCAGCAGCUCUACUUUAUAAAGAGUAGAUAAUGUACUAUCGUAGGUGGACCUGUGUCCUGUAGGGUUAACUGUACCGAUGCGCCGCCCUCUGAUGAACAGAAUAUAAACGCUGCUGGGACACGUUCUGAUUUCCCGCGACGUCACCGCACUGGAACCGCCAGGCAUUCCGCUAAUCUGAACCUUUACAAACGAGUUGAUAAAAUAUAUAAUUCAGACCUGUCCAAUGGAGAAGCAGGUUGCGGAUGGGUUGAGGGAAGUCUUCCAGUCAGGCAGGUCCAGACCCCUGCAGUACAGAAAACAGCAGCUCAGAGCCCUGCUCCGCCUCAUCACUGAACGCCAAGAAGACAUCGAGCAAGCUCUAAAACAAGACCUCAACAGGAAUACAUACAACACUUCACUCUUUGAGCUGAUCAGCAUCGAGAAUGACAUCAAGUUGGCGGAAAGCGACAUGGGAGACUGGGCAGCUCCUCAGCCUGUGAAAAAGAAUCUCAACAGCGCACUGGAUGAUGUUUACAUAAAGCCUGAACCUUUGGGUGUUGUGCUGAUAAUUGGAACCUGGAACUACCCAUGGGCCAUGAUCCUGCAGCCCAUGGUUGGAGCUAUUGCAGCUGGCAACGCAGCUGUGUUGAAACCAUCGGAGCUGAGUGAGCACUCUGCUAGACUUAUGAAAGAACUGCUUCCUCUUUAUCUGGAUAAGGAGAUGUAUCAAGUGGUGACAGGAGGGGUUGCAGAGACCCAGGAGCUGCUGAAGCAACGUUUCGACCACAUCUUCUACACCGGGAGCAGAUCGGUGGGGAAACUGGUGAUGGAAGCUGCAGCUCAUCAUCUCACACCAGUGACUUUAGAACUGGGUGGAAAAAGCCCUUGUUAUAUUGACAAGAACUGUGACAUUGCUGUGGCAUGCCGGCGAAUAACCUGGGGGAAGUUUGCAAAUUGUGGCCAGACAUGCAUUGCUCCUGACUACAUUCUGUGUGAGCCAAGCAUCCAGGACAGAAUAGUUGAAGAGAUUAAAAAAACACUACUGGAGUUCUACCAAAAGGACCCUAAAAGCUCUCCAGAUUAUUGCCGAAUCAUUAAUACACGUCACUUUGACAGAGUAUUGGCUCUAAUGAAUGAAUGCACCAUUGCUCUUGGAGGAGAGAGUGAUCGCUCACAAUGUUUCAUAGCUCCUACAGUUCUGAAGGAUGUUUUACCCCAUUUCAAAAUCAUGCAAGAAGAAAUCUUUGGACCACUGCUGCCAAUCGUCACUGUUAAUGGCUUGAAUGAGGCCAUACAUUUCAUCAAUGCAAGAGAAAAGCCAUUGGCGCUCUAUGUGUUUUCCUCUGAUAAAACGGUGAUUAAGCGAAUGUUAACCGAAACCAGCAGUGGAGGAGUGACUGUUAAUGAUGUCUUGAUGCAUUACACUGUGUCUACCUUACCUUUUGGAGGUGUAGGAAACAGUGGAAUGGGCAGAUAUCAUGGGAGACACACGUUUGACCAGCUGAGUCACCAUCGUGCCUGUCUCAUCAAGUCUUUUGCUAUGGAGGGUUUGAAUUACGCUCGUUACCCUCCGCUAACAGCAGCCCGACUGCGCAAGGCCAAGUUUUUCAUGCAGCAUCGCUUGUGCAGCUGUAGUGGGAUAUGUGUGUGGGCCAUCAUCGCAACCUUGUUAGCAAUUGGUCUGCUUGUUGCCUUAAUAGUUGUGCUCACUGUGCUGAUAUAAGUACAAAAAAACCUUUUACAGCUUAUAACAUGGCAUUGC